GAAGCAUCCUCAAACUUACAGCUUCAGCGAACACCAUUCCUCACAGAUACCUUCGGUUGAAUUUGCUCUUCCUGACAUCGGCAAGUUCUCUUGACUCAAUUCCCCAGAGUCUCCAAUUCUACAAUCAGCAGACACCUUGCCGCCCUUUCAGGCGCUAACCAGCCAUGGAUCCCGCUUCUGAGGCUGCCAGGACUGACCUGAUGACACUGACCAGGCACGUGCUGAACGAGCAGUCGAAGCACCCAGAAGCUCGCGGAGAUCUCACCAUUCUGCUGAAUCACAUUGUUCUCGGCUGCAAGUUCGUCUGCUCUGCUGUGAACAAGGCUGGCCUCGCAAAACUUAUCGGCUUGGCUGGCGAGACAAACGUCCAAGGAGAGGAGCAGAAGAAGCUUGACAUCCUCUCCAACGACGUGUUCGUCAAGGCCCUCGUCAGCAGCGGUCGAACGAACGUUCUCGUUUCAGAAGAGCUGGAAGAUCCUAUCUUUGUCGAGAAGAGACUCCGCGGAAGGUAUAUUGUGGUCUUCGAUCCGCUUGAUGGAUCGUCCAACAUCGACUGCGGCGUAUCUAUUGGAACAAUCUUUGGCAUCUACAUGCUCCAAGCAGACAGUGACGGCGUCAUUCCUGAAGGCACGAUUGAAGAUGUGCUGCAGCCUGGAACCAAGAUGGUGGCAGCAGGAUACUGCAUGUACGGCAGCUCGUGCACGCUUGUGCUGAGCACUGGUCAUGGAGUUAACGGGUUCACACUGGAUCCGUCGUUGGGAGAAUUCAUCCUCACCCACCCUGACAUUCAGAUGCCCAAGAAGGGGAAGAUUUACUCCGUGAAUGAAGGGAACGCCAUGAAUUGGGACGAGCCAACCAGGAAGUUCGUGGAAUCCUGCAAGUUCCCAACCGAUGGCUCAGCCCCCCGCUCCCUUCGCUACAUUGGAAGUAUGGUGGCAGAUGUCCACCGAACCCUUCUGUACGGUGGAGUUUUCUUGUACCCAGCUGAUAAGAAGAGCCCCAAUGGCAAGCUGCGGGUGUUGUAUGAAGUUUUCCCCAUGUCUUUCUUGGUUGAGCAAGCAGGGGGGCAGGCUUUCACAGGGAAGCAACGUGCCAUGGAGCUCAUCCCAGCCAAGAUCCAUGACAGAUCCCCUAUCUUCUUGGGAAGCUAUGAUGAUGUUGAGACAAUUAAAAAUCUGUAUGCUGCACAAGCCUGAACCCACCUUGGAGUGAUGUGGUGUUAGUUGGAAGUGUAUUGAGAAUGUAUUUGAAAGUGUAAGAACUUCCCCAACCCCAAGGCACCCAUACACCGAAGAGGAAUGAGGUUGUAAAAGAAUAUAAAUAAUGAGAUCUGUGUUUUAACAU